AUGGCACUACGACCCCCUGAGGCUCUCCACGACCAACUGAAUAUUCCAUCUUGUUUCCGCUCCAGCUUCAAGUUGGUUCUGCGCCAUCCUCGCCAUCCUUCACAAAACGCAAGAACAUCCCCCACAACCCCGGAAACAACCAAGAUGAGAAAAAGGCAAUCAAGUGCGUCAACAGUCACCAAUUCCGAUGUUGAGUUUCUGGAGACACCAGCGGCUACUUAUGCCGAUUCGUUCCCAGACACUGCUACUUCCUCCGAAUACAUACCGCUCAGUCUCGCUACUCCCACGCCCCCAAGCUCCAGUAUACCAUACUAUAUCCCAACGACGGGAGUUUCCCCGACCCCAACCCCAACCGACUCCUCAUCUUCAUCUACUUCAAACAGUACAUCCGAUCAAUCAAACAACCCAUCACCAGGCCUUUCAGCAGGCGCUUCGGCGGGAAUAGGAGUUGGCGUCGCCCUGGGUGUCCUUUCCCUCGCAGCCUUGGGAUUCAUCUUCUAUCGGCGCCGAAAUCGCCGAUCAAAACAAACGGAUCUCCCAGAGAUAUCACCAGAGCUUGGAACCGAGGGCCAGAAACUUGAACAUCAUGAGCCAUCUGCGGAGGAGAGCGCGCGAGCGGAACUUGGCGUUGAUGGACAGCAGCAUGAGCUUGCUGGGGUCAGUGGUAUGGACAAAACGGAGCCAGAGCGGAAGGGGAGCGGGAAUAAUCUGCAUGAGUUGGAGUAG